GCGCCAGUCAAGACUGACCGAAUCGUCGGUUUGUCAGUUUGUCGGUUUGUCAGUUUGUCGGUUUGUCGGUUUGUCGGUUUGUCGGUUUGUCGGUUUGUCGGUUUGUCGGUUUGUCGGCUUGCCCAGAUCGAGUCCGAUGAGGCGAUUGUGGCGAGAAAUGUCGUGCCUGACCGAUUUGCCCUCUUUCUUGGCACACACACCAACACACACCCACACACCCACCCACACACGAACACACGCACACUGAUGCACCUACAGGCGUUGCUCAACAGCCUCUGGCUGAUGAACCGGACUCAGUUCAACGUGGGCGGCACGCAGCGCCACCGCGCCCUCGUCUGGGGCCAAUUCGAGCUGGUCUCCGGCGCCGACGGCGUCGACGCGCUCCACUUCACCCCCGCCAGCCCCUGCCCCCCCUGCACCCACUGCCCCUCCUGCCCGCCCUGCCCGCCCUGCACCGCCUGCGCCGCCGACGCCACCGGCCAAGUGCGCAUCUGCCGCGGCCACGGCGGCACC